AUGGCGACCUCCGCUGGAUCUGCGCACGUAUCCUCUUCCGCCGCCGCCGCCCUCAGAUCGGGCGCGGUGGCGUCCGCGUCAGCGCCCAGCGUCGUCGCGCGAGACUUGCGAUGCUUCAAGGACGGCGGGAGCCUCCUCCGCCACGGCGCGCCCAGUCGUUCGCGACGCUUCGGCUACUACAGGAACGACUACAGGCCCCCGCCGCCGAAUAACUACCGCCGCGCGCCACCCGCGCUGCCGAACAUGGAGGGCGAGCGGAUGCUGUGGAGCAUCAUGGGCGCCAACGCCUUCGUGUUCGCCUGUUGGCACGCCCUCGAUCCGAGGCUAAUGCAGCAAAACUUCCUCGUCAGCGAGGAGUCCGUGUACGCCGGUCGGGUGCACACCAUCGUCACGUCCGCGUUCUCGCACUACAACCUCGGGCACCUCGGCGCCAACAUGCUGGCGCUGUACUACUUCGGGCGGGACCUGUCGCGCAUAUUCGGGCCAAAGUACCUGCUGAAUCUCUACCUCGCAGGCGGCGUCGCCGCGAGCGUCACGCACGUGGCGUGGUGUCGGUGGGAGCGGGAGCGACGGCAGUCCAGGCGUCGGGGGUUCAUCUCGCAGCGCGCCGGUCGAUGGAUGGAGAACACCGCGGGGUACCUGACGACGCCGCCGGCGCUCGGCGCGAGCGGCGCGGUAAACGCGAUCGUGCUGCUGAACGCGCUGGUGUUCCCGACGAACACGAUUUAUCUCAACUUUUUCAUCCCGAUGCCCAACUGGCUCUUCGCGGCGUUGUUCCUGUCGCGGGACCUGUACGGCGCGCAGUUGGGGCUGGGCGGGUCGAGCACCGGACACGCGGCUCACCUGGGCGGAGCCGGCGUGGGUGCCGCGGCGUGGGCGUGGAUGAGGUUCGGCCGGUUCAUCCGUCGCUGA